AUGGAACGGCCUUUUUCAACCUCCAAAGUCACAGUCGAGUAUUUCGAUCCCCACGAUGUAUACAAGCUCAUAGCUCCGGGACUCGUCCCUCGUCUUCCCCUUCGAAACCUUCACUGGCAAUCCCACGCUGGCCCCCUGCGAUCCAUCGAUACACUUCACGUCGAGCUUUUGUCCGCCAACGGAGACCCGACUGCGCCGGCGUCGCCCACCGUUUCCCCAUCCCUAAGAAGGUCCGUCAGUGCCAGUGCCAGUACCAAUACCAGUACCAAGGACGAUGGUUUUCAGACCCAACAAAUCGGAGGGAAGAGCACCUCAACAGAUACGGCCGAUACCCCUACUGCUGCUGCGCGUCAGCCCAGUACCCAACGGCGGCACCAGAUACCUGGCUUGAGGCGGACGCCGUACCUCAAAGUCCUCCUUGUUCGAUGCGACGAUAGCGACACCUACAAGUCCAAGACUCGAGCCGAGAUCCGGGAAUGGAUCAAGGAACACACCCCGCCCUCUCAGUCCACGCGGAAGACAAAUACGCAAGAGAACCACGACGCCUUCGAAUGGCUCAUUGUCCACGUCGUCAUCCCCAAUACUGCUGCUGCAAACCAGCCACGAGUCAGCGGCAAGGGCCCCGAUGCUACCGAGAAGUCGCGAACAUCUAGGUGGGGAUCCGGGUCGUCGACCCUCAUGGAAAAGCUACGCUCCGACUUUAACAGCUCAAGCAAGAGCGCGCCGGACCGUGUUGCGCAGAUUCGAAUCGGUAUUAAUGAUGUCCCGUACGAUGUUCUUCCGCGAGUCGUACCGGCGACACCCACGGGUUACUCCGAGUCGCGCCAGGACGCCGAGAAUGCUUGGGAAGACCUCAUUGCCAAGUUUAAGGAGCUGAUACUGUCGUCCUUCGAUAUGCGGGUCACUCAAUACGAGGAUGACAUUAGGGAGAAGGACUCCCAGCGAGCUCUUCCGGGCUGGAACUUUUGCACCUUCUUCAUCUUGAAAGAGGGCCUGGCACGUGGUUUCGAAAGUGUAGGCCUGGUCGAGGAUGCUCUUGUGGGCUACGAUGAGCUCAGCGUCGGCCUUGAUACCGUCAUCCAGGAGCAGGCAACAUCAGGCGACCCUGAGAGGCAUGGCGGGUCUUUGCUCAGUCACACGGAGGAUUUGAUCAAGCGUGCUGAAGCCGCUGUACAAGCCCUUGGGGUCGAGGAUGCUUCUGACGAAGACGAACAACCCGUUGACCUCCAAGCUACCGAUGCCCCCAAAAAGGAGAAGUUUGACGAGAUUCCCAUCAGCUCUACCAAGAAGCCGUAUCGCGAGAUGAUAGUCGCAAACAAUGUGUCCGUCUAUGACUUCCGAUGCUACAUCUUUGCGCGACAGAUCUCGCUGCUGCUCCGGCUCGGCAAUGCUUGGUCUACCCGCGAAGAACUUCUCGCGAAGCUUAGAGAGCAGCAAGAGUCGGUUCUCCAUGGCGUGGCCCCUCGAGCACCGCCCCCGAAGCAGACUGAAGAAGCCGAAAACUUGUCUAUGCUGGCAGAGAUUUGUCGCAGAACGUUGGAAUUCAUCCCCGCAGUUUCGCAGGUCAUGAGAACAGACAUAUUAUCGGCGCUCAAGGCUAGGUAUUCAGAGGGGGAAUCGCAGGUUCUCAGUCCGACUCUGGCCGAGGCCAUUGACAACCUCGUUGCGUCUUUUGCCUUUUCUGUGGCCCAGCAGACACUUGCCCAGACCUCUACCAAGGCGCUCCCCAUUCCGCCGUCAACGUUGACCGGUGUGGACAGUCAUGAACCCAAAUCAUCAAUCCCUGAGCUCAAAACCAUGAUGCACCCUGCCCGAAACUCUUCACUCUCUGUAAGGACAAAUACAAGACCACCGCCAAGCCCUGGCAUCUUCCCUGGAGGCCGGCGAGCUAGUGCGGACGACGCCACUGCCCCGAGUAAUCAGCAGUUCUUGAAAGCAGGCCUUGAAGAACUUGCCGCUCGACGCGCCGAACUUUACGCUCUGUCACGGAACGUCCUACAGGGCACCGGAAAGAAGCGAGGCUGGGACAGUGGAUGGACUUCCGCGCCUGUUCUCGGGGAUGUGGAGGGCAACGACUUUCAAGAAAUCAGCCUUGAUGGUGAUGGCGACAACGAGAGGCGGCCACACGAGGACUCGGAAGCAUGCAUCGGCUUGGCCGGCAUCGAGAAUGGUCUCUUGCAUGCUGCUCUUGACAGCCGAGAAGACUUCUACCGGCUCUACGAAACGCUCACGGAUAAAGCCUUACGGCAUUACACAGUCGCAAACCACACGCAUGCUGUAAAGACUAGUAUGGCUGAUCUUGCAGUACUCAAGUACCAUCGCGGCGAGUUUAGCCCAGCUGCUUCGUUCUUCUACAUGACCACACCCUUCUUUGGCGAGAACAGUUGGAGUCUUCUUGAGUUGUCCAUGCUUGUCAUGUACUCCCAAUGUCUUCGAGAGCUGCAACGCAAGGACGAAUUUGUGCGCGUGGGACUGAAGCUUUUGACCAAGGCAGCCGCGGCAGAAAACGAAAGAUUGCUGCAGAAGAAGACGCUGUCCAUUGGCCAUCGCCAGGAGGUUGAGUACCCUUCCAAAAGCGCGAUCAGCGGCUUCCUGGACGAGCUCUUGAGCGUUGCAGCCACUCUAUCAAAUGAGGUCAGAGUUCCUCUGAAUCACAUGUUCACACAGGUUGAGGUUGUGGGAACUCCGGAAUACCACGACGGAAAGGACCGCUUCUCUCUCACGAUUACCCUGAGGAGUCUCCUCGUGGACGAAUUGAAGGUCGAGAAGGGUACACUCCGGCUCACUCGCACCAUACCUGGAGGAACCAAGGAGGUUUCUCUACAGACCUCAGAAACGAGCAUCUUGAAGCCCGGCGUCAACAAAUUGCAUUUCGUCAGCACAACCAAUGUAUCAGGUCCCUACCGAAUCGACCGGACGGACAUCGUCUGUGACAACGUCCAUCUACAUUGGGAGCGGGAUGCCAACCAGGCGCCGAGCAAGACAGCACAUGUCUUCCGCCUGCCAGAUGUGCAACUAUACCGCCCGGCAGGAGGCUUGAGGUGUCGCCUUACAGCAGCAAAGGACAUACAGCUCGACAAAAACAAUUCGGUGGAUCUUGAGGUAUCGACUGGCUGGAAUUCAAUAACCUCUUGCGAACUGUCAGUAAAGCCUGCGACCGGUGGUCUCAGGAUCAGCUCAACAGAGGCUGGCUUCAUCGGUGAUUCGUUCGAGUAUGAAAAGCCCCCUGAGGCUGGCCUUUUCCGCUUCAAGGCCGUUCCCGAAUCAUCGACGAUCAAGAUGCGCUUCCCAUACACUGUUGAACAGGACGUUCCCAACAUCUCUGUAAGAGUGGAGGUUACCUACACGACAGACGAUGGAACCUACCAGUACUCCAGUGUUGUCUCAAUACCCAUCGCUCUCGCCUUGGGCGUCAACGUCCAGGAUGUGUUCAAGGACAAGGCGCUGUUUUCUCGCUUCAGUGUCUCCACGGCCUCUGCCAGCCCUCUCAAGCUCUUUGCCACGGAACUACUUGAUUCGGAUGUUUUCAAGGCCCACUCGGCACCCGUAUCGAAGAGGAUUGUCACCGUCUUCCCGAAACAGCCUGCGAGUCUGCUGUACAAGAUCACCCGUAAAUCUGCCGACGUCAUUACAGCAAAAACCCCGAGAACCAUGUACCUCAAGCUACAGUACAGCGUACUCUUGGAAGAGAUUAUCGACCACAUCGAGGAGGUUUUCGCGGAAGCCACUAAGCAACUGCCACUGUCGACAUUCUCUGGUUUCAUCAUUGGACGCGUGCUUGCGGAAGUGAGAUCUGGCCUUUCCGACUACGAGCUGGAACGUGCUGCUCUUCUUGGCGAAGCUCCGACAAGUUUCAUCUCGCCAUUAUUGGUAGAUGGUGCUAUUGCCGGCUUAGGCGCCGUGCCAGGGACUGGUGAAGAUGCCUCUAUUAUGCUCAAAGCCUGGCUCAAAGAUUGGCAGGCGGCCCAUCCUAAACUGACGAUUAAAGAGAUGGAGUCAGCACGUCGCUCGAUACUGAUUCCCGUCGAUGUGCCUUCAAUCCCCGUCUUCCACUCGGUUGAUAUCCAGCUGCCAACACCUGAAGAAGAUGUUUCUGGGUCAACCGUGGCAGUGAACCAACUCCUCCCUACCAACCUUCGGCUGCGGUGGACACGCAUUUGGGACACGGCUGUUAGUGAUGGCAAGAGCAUCAAUAAAGACUACGAGUUCAGCUACGAAGUCAACGGUCUUCCCGAAACAUGGCUCGUCGGUGGUCGCAGACGUGGCCACUUCAAGAGCUUAGGCCUCGACAAGUCCGACGGCAAGUUUGGCGAAUCGGAGCUGCUUGUUCCCGUUCUGCUCGUUCCCUUACGGGAAGGGCGACUGCCUUACCCCAGUGUUGAAAUUCGCGAGGUAAAGGAGGACAGCGAUGAUUCAACGCAAGGACAUGGGCAUCAUGAAAUCGACUACCAAAACAUUGGAGAGACUGUGCGUGUGGUGGCCGACUUCCAGAAGGUCACCUUGAGUCUGGACGCCAGCGGCCCCAGCGGCGGACCUUUGGUACUUGAAAGCGAGCGACGAGAAGUCAGCGAUCGUAUUUUACUGUAG